AUGGCUACCCUCAAUUCCUUGAAGGAGGCCCUUGGGCAAAAAGCUGUAACUACGCCGUCAUCCUCGAGGCAGCAGUUGUCCGACACACAGUACAGCGCUGGCUUCGAUAUCUUCGCUGGAGGGCCAGAAUACCAAGACUUUAUUAUUCCUCAACUACCUCAGCUGCUAGCCCCUCUCUUCAACUCCCGUCUUCAUGUCUCGGUGCUGGAAAUUGGACCUGGCCCGAAGAGCGUGCUCGGGUAUCUACCCCACAGUCUAAGAAAGAAGGUCAGAAGAUACGCGGCAUUUGAGCCUAACGAAUUGUUCGCUACAAAGGUGGAGAAAUGGCUCUGCACUUCUUUGGAGGCAGAGUUUCCGCUGCCCUGUCUGGCAAGCCCGCCCGGCAUUCAUCGACUCCCAUUUGUUCUGAAUAGCAACAUAAACAGCGAUGCCAGCACUAGUACAAAUAUUAGUGAUGAAAGGUUCGAUCUUGUCUUAUUUUGCCACAGCAUGUAUGGUAUGAAGCCCAAAGACAAGUUCAUUGAACAGGCGCUGGAAAUGCUUGUCGAGGCACCCCAAGGCGGAAUGGUGGUAGUUUUUCAUCGCGAUGGAACCUUGAGCCUCAACGGAUUAGUGUGCCAUAGAACAGCUUGCUUCCCUACCGGGGCUAUUCGCGUGCUAGAUGAAGACGAGGUGUUAGACAAUUUCGCUUCGUUCGUCGCGGGCUUUGUCAUGGAGGACACAGAGGCGGACAAGGCUACUCGACUCGAGUGGCGUAAAGUGUGCCGCGCCUUGGGCCGUCGUGAAGAAGCCUAUCCAGACCAUCUCUUGUUCAGCUCUCCCAGCGUCAUGGCGGCCUUUACCCAACAUGCGACCACGUUGCCAGAGUUGACGGCGCAGGUACCGUUGGUGAAGGAUAAGACGGUUAAGAACCGGGAGGCUUUCCACCAUGGCUCUGCUUCAAUUGUUAGACCUACAGAAGUCCAGCAUGUCCAGCAGUGCGUUCAGUGGGCUCGGAAGCACGAGGUCGGUCUGACCGUCGUUGGUGGGGGUCACAGCGGCCAGUGUCUAUGGCCCAACGUCGUCUCCGUCGAUAUGAGCGCCUUUGACCACAUACACAUUCUCACGGCUGGGAAAGAUGGAGGAGAAUCCAGCUCUGCUUCCGUGGUCAUCGCUGGGGCUGGCUGCAAGACGGGGGAUAUCGUUCGCAAAACCAUGGCGGCCGGCCUGACAGUGCCCUUGGGAGCUCGUCCAAGCGUAGGCGCGGGACUAUGGCUACAAGGCGGUAUCGGGCACCUGGCUAGGCUAUAUGGCCUCGCGUGCGACGCCAUAAUCGGUGCCGUGGUGGUCAGCGUCGACUCUGGCGAGGCUCUCUGCAUUGGCCAUGUACCAAGCCAACACCGGCCGGCCGGUGCGGUGCGCCCCAAAAAUGAAUAUGAUCUUUUAUGGGCCAUAAAAGGCGCUGGGAGCAACUUUGGUAUCGUAGUCAGUAUUACCUUCAAGGCAUACGUGGCUCCGGUUCACUUGAUUCGAAGCUGGGUUAUCCCGCUGAGUGACAGCCUCGAGGCGCGGCGCAGGCUGAGCGAUUCGGAUAACCUCAUCGCUAGCAAGCUUCCACGGAACUGUUCUGCAGAUGCGUAUCUAUAUUGGGAGUUCGGUCAGCUGCAUCUUGGCAUAACCAUGUUUGAAGCUUCCACGACUAGGCUUAUCUCUGAUACAUCCACGCCUACGCCCCCGCCUGUGGACGUAGACACAAUUUUGGGACUAGAUGGCAAAAUUGAUGUCGUGGAUGGCAUCGGUUUGUUCGAUGCCGAGAUGUACAUGUCCCAGAUGCACGGCGGACAUGGCGGCUGCAAGACAUCUGCGUUCAAGCGAUGUGUAUUCUUAAAAAAUAUCGGAGCAGUGAACGUCGCCGACAUCUUAACGACGGCCGUUGGGACUCGUCCCACGCCACUCUGCUAUCUCCAUCUACUACACGGUGGCGGCGCGGUCAGCCAAGUGGCGUCCGGUGCUACUGCGUUUGGUUGUCGAGACUGGGAUUAUGCCUGCGUGAUAACUGGUGUAUGGCCCCGCGACCAGGAUGGAACUGAGAUCGCUCAUGCUGUCGAGCGGUGGGUAUAUAAUGUCGCCAGGGAUUUAUUACCCUUGAGUAGCGGAGUUUACGGCGCAGACCUUGGGCCAGACCCCAGAGACGCCAUUCUGGCGGCCAAGGCUUUUGGCCCAAACCGGCCGCGCCUGGCUCGUCUCAAGCACUGUUCAGACCCGCAUAAUGUGCUGGCCUACGCCUGCCCACUCCCCAGAGUGUCGAUGAAACAGAGACUCAUCAUUCUUGUUACGGGCGACAGCUGCGCUGGCAAGGACUAUUGUGCCGACAUCUGGGUCUCCGCAUUACUCGCAUAUAACCACAAGGGCCUCACGGCACGCGCAGUCAGCAUUAGCGAUGCGACUAAGCGAGAGUACGCGACGGCCACUGGUGCCGACCUGAACCGUCUGCUUUCUGACCGUGCCUACAAGGAGCAACACCGGCCAGCAUUGACGGCAUUCUUCCAGGACCAGGUGCGUCACCGUCCUCGGCUGCCAGAGGAACAUUUCCUGAAUGUGGUGGACAGCGCUGCAGAUGUGGACGUGCUGCUAAUCACGGGUAUGCGAGAUGAGGCGCCGGUAGCAACCUUUUCACAUCUGGUGCCAGACGCUAGACUGCUCGAAGUUCGCGUUCAAGCUGGUGAAGAGAUGCGGCGGGCUCGCGGAGGGUGCCAUGGCAGUGAUGACGACUCUAAUGACAACAAGAAUAACGACAAUGGCAGGUUGAAUCUGACAGCCUUGGACCACCACCCCGACCUCAUCUUCCACAAUGAUACGACCGGAGACAAAGCGGCAAAAGCGUUUGCCGACUACUACCUACUUCCCUUCUGCCAUGAGGACCUGCAACGACUGACCGACAUGGUGCGCCAGGUACCCGACUUUCCACGCUUGGGCAUCGAGUUCCGCCAUGUACUCGACAUCUCCCAGCAGCCAGGCGGGCUGACUCUCUGCACAUCUCUGCUGCAGUCUCACUUCACCGGUGACUGGGCCAAAGUUGAUGCAGUAGCAUGCUGUGAGGCCGGCGGCUUUGUCUAUGCAUCAGCGUUAGCUUCGCAGGUUGGUGUACCCUUGGCGUUGAUUCGCGAAGCCGGUAAGCUUCCGCCGCCCACGAUCUCUGUUGCCAAAUCUCCAUCGCAUGUCUCGCUUUCGACAUCCAAUGGUAUGAAUGAGAAGAGGAUCGAGAUGGCCCGGGGUUUGAUCCCCCGAGGCGGGUCAGUGGUGGUAGUGGACGAUGUGCUUGCCACGGGGAACACACUUUGUGCGGUGCUGCAGCUCUUAGAUGAAGCUGGUAUCAGUAGUAAGGAUGUUACUAUUAUGGUUGUGGCUGAAUUUCCUCUUCACCGUGGCCGGGAAUUUUUGCGGCAGCGUGGAUUUGGCGGAGUUAAGAUUCAAAGCCUUCUGGUCUUUGAUGGUGCUUAG